AUGACAACCCCUCGUCGCAAUGGUCAGCUUGCGUCGUGCGAGCCGUGCCGCAAAGCCAAGCAGCGAUGCGACCAUAAAAGCCCCAUUUGUGACCGAUGUGUCGCCAGAGGCCGGGCGGCGCAAUGUUUUUAUCAUCCUUCUCCAUUAACUCAACUAUUUCAAUCACAGGAGAAAGCCUCGAAACGAAUUCAAAGGCCAAAAAAGCGGCGUCCGGAAAAUCAAUUUGUCUUCCGCGUUAACAAGUCGCGGGACUCGGCUUUUACGGCUCGAGAUCCUACUUUGAACACAUCUUCACAUACAGCAUCCUCCCUAUGUGAACAAUAUGUGGCACAGUGGGAGUCUCCCGAAAAGUGGCCGCUGACACCUGGAUAUUUAGGUGUUUCUGCUCCUAAAGAUAUUUUCAACGAGCAGUUUGACGCUUCCAGCAUGGGUGGCCAAUAUUUGGACGGCCAGUCGACAGAUACUAGCCUGGUUCGUAGUUGCACAAAGGGGGAUUUUCAGAAGAUCCAGCUAGGAGCUCAGGUUCUGCUACAGUUGAACAAAAUUCAAUGGUUUCAAGAACUCAUCAAAGUCAAGAACAAGAUUGCCCCAAGCUGGGUUUUGGGAGGCCCUUUGAUGGACGGUUUGUGUAUAGCCAUUGAAAGACUGUAUAAUUUGGCAGUCCAAGAUUCAGAAGACCCUGAAGUCCAGCUCCUUGAUUUAUCGAAAGAAAUAUUCACCAACACGACAAAAAAGAUUGAAGUGGAUCGGGCAAUGACGAUAUCUGACUAUAUACCUCUCAUUGUUGCUCGGUGGGAUGCAAUCGGCGUAUUCUUUGCCAUGCUUACAGCUGCUUCUCUUAAUGUGCCUGCUGAUAAUGACAUUUUCACCCAUUCUAGCCCCUGGAAGAUUGAUAGAGACCAACUACGGUCCACUUCCGUCGCCAUUAGUGAAAUUUGUUGCCAAUUCUGCCACGCUUUAGGUGUAACAAGCGAUCCAUUUUGCUGGCUGGUGGGCCAACAGACCGCUCAUUUAACUCGCAUGCUCGGUCAUACUGAUUAUCGCACUUGGCAAAAGCUGGGUGAUCUGUCCACCGUCGCAUAUGCUGCCAGCUUACUCCAACCAAACGGGACUGUAGACGAUUGUUGCCCUUUUUUCCUUGUUGAAAUACGGAAACGUGUGCUAGCCUCCGGGUAUGCAAUUGACAAGGAGCUUGCUACAGCGCUCGGGCGCCCGGCUCGGGUUUCUUCGCGGUACUUUCGCAUUCAAUUACCACUAGAUCUUACUCACGAACAAAUAUCGGGGACACCGCGUGAAAUUGAGAUGGCGCUGCAGAAUAUUGACUCUAAUGGUUGGAACAAACAAGGAAAAUUGACAUCCGAGGUUAAGCUCCGAAUCGCGGUGUUGACUAGCCUUACGCGAGAGAGUAUAUUGGAGCUGUCCCUGAGUCACCACAUCGAUGGUCUUCAGUCACGAGUCGAUAAAAUGAUUGAGGACGCGCGUCAGAUACAACAAGGACUUCCUCCCUUUUUGCGUUGGUCAUCAGCUUCUGGAGAAGUGGAGGAUGGGUCCAGCAUUGACGAGAGCCGUUUGUAUACCCAUGUGGAAUUCAUUUAUCACGAGUUUCUUCUUUAUAGAACUCUAUGGAAACGACUGAGUAUCAAGCCGCAAGGUCUGAUUGAGAGCUCUUGCGAAAUAAUUUCAACAUUACUGAAUCUUGUCAUGUUGCGGAUGAGGUCGGGCGAGAAGAUACAUGAUCUAUCUUGGGAUUUAUGCUACAAAGGUCUUCCUGCUGCGGGAAUUCUUACAGCUGAAUUAAGACAUUCAAACCAGUCGCCACUUUCAUCUCAUCCACGCUCUUGGUUUAUACAAAAGCUUAGCGUGUUU